AUGAGCUUCCCUUCUCAACCCCCUCACAUAGUUCUUGUUCCGAGCGGCCUUGGACCGUUCAACCAUUUUUUCCGACUCGCCGUCAUGCUCGCAUCACGUAACUCUAUCGUUACCUUUAUCAACCUUCAAUCUCAAGAUCCUUCUCCCGAGUUCAGUCCGUUAACUACUUUCUUCAACGACCACCAAGAAAUCAAUCGCCUUGAUUUUGAUAUUCGUUCAUUGAACGCUUCCAAUUCAACUACUACUAGUGAUCCUUUCAUUAUGCGAUAUGAAGGCAUCAAUCGCUCGCUGCCCUUAAUCGGUCCUACCCUCUCGUCUCUACUACCGCCAAUUUCUUCAAUAUUUUCCGACUUUGUCAUAACAGCUACGCUUACUCAACUGACUACUGAUCUCGACAUCCCUCUCUACAUCCUCUCGACCACAUCAGCACGAUUUUUUUCCACCGUUGCAUACCUCCCCAUCUUGUUGUCAAAAGAUUCUUCUAAAUUUAGUAAUUCAUCGGGGAAUAUAAGAAUCCCAGGGCUGGAUCCCGUGUCAAACGAAAACAUUCCUCCUACAUGGCUGGCAGAUUCGCCCUCAAAUUAUCUGUUAGCAGUUUACCUAUUACCAAAUGCUCAAUCCCUUCCAAAAGUAAAGGGUGUCCUUUUGAACACUUUUGAUUGGUUUGAACUAGAAACAAUCACAUCUCUUAAGAGUGGCAGAGUACUCGAUAAUCUCCCACCUAUUUUUCCAGUUGGACCGAUAGAAUCCCAUGAUCUUCUCGAGAAAGAUCAUCUUUUUUCGUGGUUGCACGAUCAAUCUGCAGAAUCAGUCGUUUAUGUCAAUUUCGGAAGCAGAGAAUCCAUGUCGAAAGAUCAAAUUAAAGAACUCGAGAAUGGGCUGCAAAUUUGUGGGCAUCCAUUUCUAUGGAUUCGAGAAUUUUCGCACGAUUCUUUCUUGAUCAUGACCAAGAAUGAGAGUAAAGUAAUGAAAGGAUUGAAGAGCGCGCAAAACGUUCUAGCACAUCACGCCAUAGGAGCGUUUGUGAACGAAUGUGACUGGGAAUCUGUAAUGGAUGCAGCUCGCCAUGGCGUACCGAUGCUGGCAUGGCCACAACAUGGUGACCAAAAGAUGAAUGCAGAAGUUGUAGAGAAGGCAGGAUUGGGGGUUUGGGUUAAGGAGUGGGGCUGGGGAGGGGAAAAAUUGGUUGCAGGGGAGAAUAUAAGUGAAAUGUUGAAGGAAAUUAUGGGAGAUUUGAAUAUAAGGUUUAAGGCUCAAACAGUGAUGAGAGAAGCAAAAAUGGCUUGUGAAAAUGGUGGGAGUUCUGAGAAAGCUUUGGGAGAAUUAAUUGAAAUGUUGAGGGGGAAAUGGAAGUUAGGAUGA